AUGGAACCGAACAAGACAACUGAAGACAACUGUACGACACCGAAUCUCCCCCUGUACAGUUUUUACUCCUCUGUGAUGAUCGUGGAGUUUAUUCUGGCCGUGCCGCUCAAUCUCACAGUCCUCUACCUCUUCAUCUUCAAACUGAAGUUCUGGAAAUCCAACACCAACAACAUUUUCCUCUUCAAUCUGGUACUGGCUGAUCUUCUCCUGCUGAUCUGUCUGCCCGUGAAAGCUUAUCAUUACCAGACCGGAGAACGCCGCAGUAAAAACGACGUGGUCUGCAAAGCCAUGCUCUUCAUGCUCUUCUUGAACCGCGGAGCCAGUAUCGCCUUUCUGACUGUGACUUCCAUUGAUCGCUACUUCAAUGUGGUCCAUCCAGGCAAAAAGAACUUCCUCAAAAUUCUAAAGAAAUCUCCUCACAUUUCCAUCCUCAUCUGGGUAAUGCUCCUGCCCCUGACCAUCCCCACCAUGCUCAAGACCUUCGAGUGCUGCAACAGCCUCGGACGUGAAGACGACGGCCUGCUGGACGUCCUGACUGACAUUUUUAGAGAGGUCGUGUUUUUCACACAGAUUCUCAUCCCGUUCGGCGUUCUCGUGUUUUGCACGGCUCAGAUCGUCAACAGGCUGAAAAAGAAAACGGUCGGAGACAAGACCAAACUGCGGAGGGCAGUCUUUCUUGUCUCAUCCGUCGUGUUUGUGUUUUCCUUCUGUUUUUUACCCUGUACCAUAUCCAGGAUGGUUCUGCUGAGUUUGAGAGUCAAGCAGCAUUCAGACGCUGAGGAAAUUGCAGUUCAAGUCUAUGACGGUCUGAUGUGUCUCUCUUACAUUGAUUGCUUGCUGGAUCCUCUGGUCUACUGCUUGAGCAGUACAAAAUUUAAGAGCUUAUAUGUUUCAACAUUUCUACGUUGUUUCUGGAAGGACGGUCAACACAUCGCAGAAAGUUCACAUUCAGGAGGGAAUGCUAAUACUCCAAUGUGUGGUAAUCAGCCCAAAUACAUUUAA